GUUCAUUAUCAAAAUUUCUCUGUAUUUUUAAAUUAAUUUUCAAUUUUUUUAUUUAUUAAUUCUACACCAGUGAAAUAUGGCUUUGGAAAUUGGUUCUAGCGUUUUGGUUAUAUUUAUCGCACUAAUGCUCUCCUAUGCGCUAUUUUUUUUAAUUAUUUUCUUUGGAACUCAACCAUGUCUUAGGAGACUACGUGGAGAAUUAAUUGACGAUGUUGACUUCAGUGAAGUAGCUCAGGAACAUGGUAAUGUAGAUUAUAUAGAAGUGCCUCUACUAGCAAAUGACACAACUGUUAUUCAAGUGGAAGAAACUGAAAAUGAACCAGAUAUAGAAGAAAAUGUUUCCUAUGUCAAUGAAAAUCUGUUGAAAUAUGAAGAACACAUUACCAACUAUGAGGAAAAUGAAGUGGCAUGUUCUGCAUGAAUUUGAUAUUUAUGUUGCAAGACGACCAUCCAACUCAGUGAGCAAUGGACGAGCACAUUGCAGAGACGCGACACCCGUCAACCGUGUUCACUUGCAAUAAAGAAGAAGCAUAAACAGAAUUCGCAAAUGCACUGCAACACACCGUGAAUUGCAAAUAAUAAGACCGAGAAAAACAAACCCAAAACCCGAAAACAGACACAAACAAAUUGCCAAUUCAAUUGGAAUUGAAGUGACUGAAACGUGCUGCAUUAUCCUUCGUUGGCGCAAAGGUGUCAAUGCAAAAAUAAAAGCGAAUUUGUAGUAGCAUAAAAUAGGAGAUGCAACAAUGUCAAUGGCUGCGUAAUGCGCACCUGAAACUGCUCAAUUGCAAACGACGUGCCACGCACAACCUGAACCGAACCAGUGGAAACUGCAUCCAGAGUUGCUAUUUGGAUCUGUGUGAGUUUUGCUGAUUGCUUAACAACUCUGUUGCAGCAGCUGCCUGCCUUUAUGCUGUGAAAACAUUUUAUUUUGCUGAUUCUGCAACUGCCAAACUGAUAGAGUCACAAACACUGAGCACUGAGCACUGAGCAUUGAACACACCAAAACUAAAAAAGGGAAUUGGAAAAACCAAAUCAGAACGAAACUUUCCAAAACAACUGCAAAUUUUGUUUUUAUCAAAAGAACUGCGCUGCUCUGAUUCAUUGCCACGCGCGCGGUACGGAACUCGACGACUAUUUGACGCGCACACUACAAAGGCUAGCAACAGAUUUUAGCCAUUAACUGAUUCCACAGUUGCAACUAUUGUUGCAAUUGCAUGUGCAACUGGCACGUUAAGCUCACUGGUUGCAGUGUGCGUAAUAUGUGCUAACAAAUUUUCACUUGAAAGGACACCACAGUUACCGAAUGUUAUCAAUAUGAAAAUAAAUUGCGUUGCAAUUUGCCUUUCAGUUGUAUGCCUCUUCGUGCUGUCAUGCCUUCCAACUGCGACAGGCGACGAUUGGUCUGCAAGUUGUGCCUCAAACUGUACCUGCAAAUGGACUAACGGUAAGAAAUCUGCCAUCUGCAGUUCCUUAGAGCUCACCACGAUUCCAACGACACUUAGCACGGAACUGCAAGUUCUUGUGCUAAACGAUAACCACAUACCGUAUCUGAAUCGGGAGGAGUUCACAAAUUUGGGUUUACUCAACUUGCAACGCAUUUACCUUAAAAAAUCCGAGAUUCAAUAUGUCCACAAGGAAACCUUUAAGAAUCUCAAAAUCCUGGUUGAAAUAGACUUAUCGGACAACAAAAUUGAAAUGAUUGACAAGGACACCUUUAUGGGCAAUGAUCGUCUACGCAUUUUGUACUUGAAUGGUAACCCAUUAAAGAAGUUGGUUGCCUAUCAAUUUCCAAUACUGCCACAUCUACGCACUUUGGACUUACACAAUUGUCUGAUAUCAUAUAUAGACCCCAUGGCCCUGGCGAACCUUAACUUGCUAGAAUUUUUGUAUUUGAAAAAUAAUUUGCUUGAAAGCCUGAGUGAGUACGUCUUCCAGCACAUGAAUAACCUGAAAACGCUGGUAAUGGAUGAAAAUCCUUGGCAGUGCAAUUGCAAAUUGCGCAAAUUUCGCAGUUGGUACGUGAAGAGUAAACUGAACAGCAUCAGCCUUAUAUGUAAAGGGCCGCCAGCUUAUAAAGAUAAACCCUGGGAACAAGUGGACGAAGAGUUAUUUGGCUGCUCACCAAGAGUAGAAAUAUUCAAUAAUGAGGAUGUGCAAAAUAUUGACAUAGGCAGUAAUACCACAUUUAGUUGUCUAGUUUACGGUGAUCCGCUGCCCGAAGUCACGUGGGAGUUAAAUGGUAAAAUACUGGACAACGACAAUGUCAUUUUCGAUUCGGAAAACAUUGCUUCAGACAAACUCUGGAGUAAUUUAACAGUAUUCAAUAUGACAAGUCUUGAUGCAGGUACUUACGCAUGUAGCGGCUCAAAUGCAGUGGGCGCAACAUCGCAGAAUAUUAGCAUUUACCUCACAGAAAUUGUACAACAUGUUCUGGUAAAAACACCGGAAACCUUUUGGUACUUUGGUUUGAUUAUGGGUACAUUUGGUACGGUUUUCCUACUUAUACUCAUCUCGUUCGUGGUGUGCUUUUGCAAGCGCACAACACGUCAGCGCAGACAUCCGAACAAACCAGGCGUUAAGGCGAGUGUAAGUUUUAACGAUCAAGAAAAGAAACUGCUAGACCUAAGUAUAACAACUACGACUAACGACCGUGGCGAUAGUUGCAUCAUCGACAAUAACACCACAACUACCAUGAGUAAGACGGAAUCAGUUAUAGGUUUUGAGCCCAUUGAAAUUCAUGCAGUUGAUAAUCAUCGAUCAAACCACAGUCACCAUGGUGUUUUACUCACUGGCCAACAUCAAAUAUCUCAUCAGCAGCAAAUGCAGCAACAUCAUAUGCAUUUACCAAACUCCAGUGGUGCAAAUAGUUUAAUGAACAACCGCCAGCAGCUCAUUGCUGUAGCUGAUGGUUCGUGUAGCGUUGUUGGCAUACCAACAUCUAUGGCAUCUUCCUCAGGUCUACAUCCGAAUCCUAUACCAGAGGAGUUUCCCCUGAACGUCGGUGUAUUUCCACCACCACCGGAAUUUUGUUCUAACGUUGUACCAAACCCCGGAUAUGGCAAUAUAUUUAUUAGUGUAUCUGUGACACAGGAUAUGCUAGACGGUGCUGAUAUUAAUAUGUACCCAGAUUUGCUUAACAUACCGAAACGCCUACAGGAUAACACAGUACAAAGUGGUACUUCGAGUACAGCUGUUACUUGUAGCACUGCUGGUGCUAUAUUGCCCCCGCCUGGCACGGCUGUCAAUGUAUCCUCUUUCGCAACUCUGCCACGUAACACACAUCGACGUGGCAUACUGAAAAAGGAAUCAUCAUUACAACAUCAACAUAUGCUGCAGCAGCAAUCACUAACGCAGCAAACUAACUUGUAUCCACAUGAUGAAAUUGUAUCCUAUCACAAUCUCGAUACAAGCUAUAGUCAAGCCUAUCAAGAGCAUCAGCAGCAGCAGCAACAACAACAGCAACAACAGCAUCUAAAGCACGCAUCCAAUAUUGUCGGUCUACCACCACCGCCACCACCACCUGCAGCGUGCCUACACAAUCAAGCUUUACCGCCUAACUGUAGCACACCACCAAUUGAUGCAACGCCCAUGCGUCCACUGUGCAAAAGUGCAGCUGGCGCUGGUUGCUUAAAAUACGAUAAUAUGGGUCGUCGUUUUACUGCAAGUGGAAAUUCAACACUUUCGCUGCCCGAUGAGGAACGCCUGGAAAGCGAAACGCAUUUCAACGAGGGCGAACCCUUGACUAAGACACCUGCAGCUACUGGAAUCACAAAGCAAUCAUUGAAUUGCAAGCAACAAGACUGCAACCAACAACAGCAACAACAAAAUGCGAAUUCUAGUGCCACUGCUAAUUUAACAGCUGACAGUGGGGGCGGAGUAGAGUUCGUGUCACUGUAGUAUUACGGGACCCAAGUGUAAAUAUGUUUAAAGUAGGCGCAGUUGAUAUAUUUGUAGGCAAAUUAAGAUAACCUGAAUCCAUAAGCUAAAGAAAAUUGAGAAUUAAUAAAUAAAGAAAAAGAAAAUUUUUCAAAAUUUAACAAAA